AUGGGCCUGGUGCGGGGCCUCCGGAGCCGAGCCGGCUAUGAGACGCCGGGUGAGACCGUGGCCGUGGCAGACCUCGCUACCAAGCUCGACGGCCUCGAGGUGGACGGCGAGGAGCCACCGCCAUCGAUCCCGGCGCCGCCCGUGCGAGGGCUCAAGAACCUGGGUGCGUGCGAGAGGAACACGUGCUUCCUCAACUCGGUGCUUCAGAACCUGAUGGCGGCGGAGCCGCUCCGCGUCUUCCUGCUGCAGGAGCCGUCCGCCGGCGAGGGACCCGCCACCGUCGCCCUCCGCAACUGGAGCAGGCAGAUGCACGACGGCAGGGAGAGCACAGUCGCUCCUUCAAAGGUGCUUCAGGCGGUGUCGCGCAAGCACAAGCGGUACUCGGGGCGGGCGCAGCAGGACGCGCAAGAGGUGCUUCGCAACUUGCUUGAGCUCGUGCGCGCCGAGGAGGUCGCACGCCUCAAGGAGAGCGAGCGGCGCGACGCGGCGGUCGCGGGCGCGGCGGCGGAUGCGGGCGGCGGCGCGGCUGGGCAGCAACUGGUCCGGUAG